UGAAAGAAAUCAUAAUAUUGCGAUUGUCAGUCAAACUCAUUAUCAUCAUCCUGCAACCAAAUAUGUCUCCAACCCCACACGUCCUACUCUUCCCUCUACCAAUGCAAGGUCCGGUGAACUGCAUGCUCAAACUAGCAGAGCUACUCUGCAUCUCCGGCAUCACCGUCACCGUCCUCAACACCGAUUACAUCCACCGCACUCUCAUCCGUCACUCUAACGUGUUAACACGAUUCAGCAGCUACGAUAAUCUCCGUUUCAAGACUAUCUCAGACGGACUCCCGGAAGAUCAUCCUCGCUCGGGCCAGCGGUUUCUCGACCUUUUUGACGGAAUGAAAACCGUCACGGAGCCGGUUUUUAGAGAGAUGAUGGUUUCUGGAUGCUUUAGUUUCAAGUCUGAUCCUCCUGUCACGAUUAUUAUACCCGACGCCUCCUUUUCGUUUGCGCUUGAUGUGGCUGAAGAGGUUGGGAUACCCCUGUUUUAUUUUGAGACUGUCAGUCCGUCUGCACUUUGGACCUAUCUCUGCCUCCCUAAGCUAAUCGGAGCCGGUGAAGUUCCGUUUAACGGUAACGACUUGAAUGUCCUGAUUAAAAACGUUCCGGGAACAGAAACCUUUCUACGACGCCGUGAUCUUCCAAGCUUUUGUCGCCUUGAUGAUGUAGAUAAUCUCGUUACAAAGAUCAUAAUGAAGGAAGCUCGAUGUGUUCCUCGAGCUCACGGCCUCAUUCUCAACACAUUUCAAGCCCUAGAUGAAACGGUAUUAGUUCACAUGAGAAAACUUUGCCCGGACAUUUAUUGCAUAGGCCCGAUACACACUUUGUACAAGUCUCUAGUUACGACCCAAUCUAGUGUUUCAAACAGUUUAUGGGAAGAAAACGCCACUUGUCUCUCCUGGCUUGACACCCAAGUAACAAGAUCGGUCGUUUAUGUUAGCAUUGGUAGCAUGGCAAUGAUGACGGUGGAGCAGUUGUUUGAGUUUUGGCAUGGGCUGGUGAAUAGUGGAAAGCCUUUCUUGUGGGUUCAACGGCCCGGUUCUGUUAUUGGAGAGUAUGAUCAUAAUCUAGUUCCAAAACGUCUCAUCGAUGAAACUAAACAACGGGGAUUCAUCACAACAUGGGUUCCACAGGAAGCGGUUCUUGCUCAUUCAGCAAUUGGAGGGUUUUUAACACACAGCGGAUGGAACUCGACGAUCGAGAGUAUAAUUGAGGGAGUCCCAAUGAUUUGUUGGCCACAAAAUGUGGAUCAACAAGUUAAUAGUCGGUUUGUGAGCGAGGUGUGGAAGGUUGGUAUUGACAUAAAAGAUACAUGCGAUCGAGGUAUAGUCGAGAAGGCAGUGAGAGAUGUUAUAGAUGUGAGAAAAACUGAGUUUAUUGAAUCAACAAGGAUGUUGGCCGAGUUGGGGGGUCAAAGUGUUGCUGAAGAUGGACCUUCGGUUAUGGAUUUGAACCGUUUCAUUAAAACAAUAACUACAUUGUAGUCCAAGUUUUUGUGGUUCAAAUGGUUAUAGGGUACAUUCAUGGAACGCAAAGGGCAGCAUCAAUAAUAAUGCAAAAAAAUUAUAAUGUUUUAGUUCCAAUUUAAAUUCAGAAUUUUAACAAUUGAAAUCUGUUUUUCAGUUGAUUACUUUUUAUUUGAAGUUAGGUAAGUUCUUUGAAAUC